GAUAAAAAUGUCUUUCUUCCACUCUUCUGCAAUCCUCCAUCAUAACCAAGUAGCCAACUGCACCUUUCUUCCUCCACGACACCAUAACUAUACACCACUGCUACUAGGCCCACCACCACCUAUUGUGGUUAAAAUUGCUGCUGCGAAGUAUAAGCAUUCUCAAGGGUUGAUAUGGCCCAAAUUUACACUCUUUACAAUUAGGUGAUGGCGUUGGGGUCAUUGUCGAGGAAGGAAAACGGGAAGAAGAAGAUUGUGAUGAUGGUGGUGGCGGCGAGGAUUUCGUGGUUAGAUCGGUAGGAAGACUUUCAACACAUACCCUUUUGGGUUAACCAUGCGUGCCCUUUGUUUCACCAUUUUUACCUAGAGUUUUCUUGAAUUCGGCGGCAAAACCGUAAGAAAUGGACACCAAAAAUGGUGGGGUUGGGGCUUGUGUUUGUUGUGAUGUUCGCUUGUGGUAUGAUAUCUUGAAAAAUCUGCCAUUGUAAUUGAGAAAGGAUGGAGGAAGAAGAAGGGAAAUAAGAAGCAAUAUUUACAGAAUUGCCAUUUGAAUAACACAAGUAACAAAUUGAGUAUCGUGGACUCUCUCUUAUUCUUUUUUAUAAAGAUAGUAUUCUAUCAUAUCACAUAUCAAUUUCAAUUUAUAAUUCAUACUUCCUAAUAAUACAGUUUAGAAUUAUGAGCUCCUAAAAUUUUCCUUUUUCACUUUUUUUUUUUUUUUUCUGGGGUCAAUAAUCAUAAUUCAUAAGUACCAAAUAUAUCUAUGUUAUACUUCAACAUAGUGACAAUGGUGUGGGGGUGUUUACCACACCAUUCAUUACACACCCCAUUUGGUUGAAAAUAAGCACCCCACUUCCUUUAUAUCCCCUAGUACCAUUUUGUUUUUAGUCAAAAGAAAAAGUUACAUUUUUAUUUGGUAAAACAACAGAUUUCACUAUUCACCAUAUUUAUUUGCCUAAUUUGAGCAAUUAACACACCAUUUUUAUGACAUAACUUCCUAGAACAACAAAAACUUCUAUUCAACCCCUCAAUACGACGCCGUUUCUUGCCUCAAAAAAUGUGUACGUUACUAAUUUUAAAACUCAAGUACACAAGAAUUAAGAUUUGCUUUUCCAUAACCUUCUGCACCGCUUUCUCCUUCCCCAUCACCACCAUUUUUUCACUGUUAAAGUCAGUUUCUUUCUCUCUCCUCUAAACCAGACACCUCCAUUAAAACUGUAAUUUUAAGCUCUACUUGUUAAAGUUACUCUCUUUUGUACCCAAAAUACCUUCAAUUUCAGUUUUCCCACUUGGGUUUUCUCUUAAAUAUCUCUUUUUUUUUUUUACUUAAAUCGUCAAUUUCUUCAUCUGGGUAUACUCAAAAACUCACAUGUCUACUCAAAAGCUCAGAUUUUAACCAAAAAAUACCCAUUUUCACUUAAAUUUCUCAACUUGUUUUUGCUCAAAUCGUCAAUUUUUUCAUCUGGGUAUACACAAAAACUCACAUUUUUACAGUAAAGCUCAGAUUUUUAACCAAACCAAAUAAUGGGGUGUGCUCAAUCAAGAAUAGACAAUGAAGAAGCAGUAUCCCGUUGCAAAGACCGCAAAAUCUUGAUGAAGGAAGCCGUUUUAGCUCGAAGCGCUUUUGUUGUAGGACACUCUGCUUACGCAAUCGCCCUUCGAAACGCCGGCUCAGCGCUAAGCGAUUACGGGCACGGCGAGACGGCAGCUGACACAGAGCCCCCGCCACCCUCCAUGUCAGCUUCCGAGCCCCCACCACCACCACCGCCACCGCCGCAAGAGCCGCUCCCUCCUCCUCCCCCUCCCUUGCCCGUCUUCACCCCUUCCCCCCUCCAACGGUCCGUUACAAUGCCGGAGUUUUCGGCUUCGAAACGCGGCGUUUCGAGUAUGGGAUCGUUGGAGGAGGUGGAAGGUAGUGGUGGCGGUGGCGGUGGUGGGGAGGAUGAGAAGAUUGGGAGGGGGGAGGAGGAGAGUGCUAUUAAAGGGAUGGCUUGGGAUUAUUUCUUUAUGUCAGAUGAUAAUAAUAUGAUGGGUGGUGCUGGAUUAGAUGAGAUUGAUGAAGAAGGUGAGGAAGAUGAAGAGGAAGGAGAAGAGGAGGAGGAAGAGAAUGUGAGAAAUCGGUUUAAACCCGCCGAGAAUGCGGAGGUGGUGGUUAAAUUAGGGAUGGAGACGCCGCCCCCACCGCCUUCCGAGGCCGGAGUUAGGCAUUUUAUGCAUUCUAACUCUGCGCCGUCGGAGGCUUUGAUGGGGAGUAGUAAGGUGGAGAGUGUUGAUGCUAGUGGUAAUAGUGGUAAUAAGGUUAAUUUGAUGAAGGUUUUGGAAUUGAUUGAUGAUUAUUUUCUUAAGGCUUCCGAGUGUGCACAAAAUGUUACUAAGUUAUUGGAAGCUCAUAAGUUUCAAUAUCAAUCUAGUUUUGCUGAUAAUAAAGUGCCUGUUGAUCAUGCCGCCAGAGUUAUGCGUGUCAUUACGUGGUCAUCAAAGGGCGUUCCUGAUGGGGGAAAGACUGACCCUGAUGACAGUGAGUCACUUGCCACUGUCUUGGAUAAACUGCUGGCAUGGGAGAAAAAGCUAUAUGAAGAAGUUAAGGCUGGUGAGCUGAUGAAGCUGGAGUAUCAGAGAAAGGUUUCAGUUCUUAGUAGACAAAAAAAACGUGGUGCUACUGCAGACUCAUUAGAGAAAACGAAAGCAGCUGUUAGUCAUUUGCACACUCGAUAUAUUGUCGACAUGCAGUCCAUGGACUCAACUGUAUCAGAAGUAAAUGAUUUGCGAGAUCAGCAGUUGUACCCAAAACUUGUUGAGUUAGUUGAUAGAAUGGCUCAGAUGUGGGAGGAUAUCUCGGUACACCAUGAUAGCCAGCUGCAGGUUUCUACAGAACUCAAAUCCCUUGAUGUCUUGCUUGCUCCCCGGGAAACUAGCAAGCCCCACUAUCAGUGCACCAUCCAACUCUCCAAAGUCAUUCAACAAUGGCAAGAACGAUUUGAAACUCUUGUAGAACAGCAGAAACACUAUAUUCGAUCACUCAACAGUUGGUUGAAGCUAAACCUCAUCCCCAUUGAAAGCAGCCUCAAGGAAAAGGUUUCUUCCCCACCCCGGGCCCACCACCCCCCAAUUCAAACCCUCCUCCAUGCAUGGCACGAUUCACUAGAGAAGCUCCCUGAUGAGGUCACCAGAACCGCCAUUUCAUCCUUUAGUGCUGUGAUCAAGACCAUCAUAUUGCACCAAGAGGAGGAGAUGAGGUUGAAGGAAAAAUGUGAGGAGACAAGGAAGGAAUUCUUAAGAAAGAAUCAGGCAUUUGAGGAUUGGUAUCACAAACACAUGCAGCGAAAGGGUCCUGAAGCAAUGGACCCCGAGAGAGGUGAAGAUGGGCCUGGCAAAGAUCCGGUAUCAGAGAGACAGUUUUUGGUGGAGACCUUAAGAAAGAGAUUGGAGGAAGAGCAGGAAAAACAUCAGAGGCAUUGUGUUCAAGUUAGAGAGAAGUCACUUGGAACCCUUAAAACACGGUUGCCGGAGCUGUUUAGAGCUUUGUCAGAAUAUGCUCACGCCUGUUAUGAUGCUUAUAAUAAACUGAGGGCCAUUGUACUUUCCCAAAGUUCUAAUGGCGUUCCUUCUUGACAUUGUAAAACUAUUUUGACUGCUGUAUCAUCUGUGCUUCUGUAUAAGUUAUUUUUAAUGGGUAAGAAUUAAUUUUGACUU